GUGGCUAACUGUUGGACCUGGUCAGUGAAAACAAAAUGUGACGUGGCUAAUCCUGUUGGACAACAAGAAUGGAGAAAACCUCAAGCAUUAAACUGUUAACUGGACAACUAAAAGGCGUUUAACGUGUAGAAACCGAAGUAAAGACGAUAAACCUAUGUGUUGUUGAUUUGGCGAAGGGAACUGUUAGCAGGCUGGUGGUGAGGUUAACGGCUAGCAUCAAGACUUUGACAGGGAAAAGGCUAUGUACUAAAACAUUAAGAUGUCAGACAGCGAAGCUCCAGAGGCUCCGGCCGCAGAGGCUCCGGCCGCAGAGGCUCCGGCCGCAGAGGCUCCGGCCGCAGAGGCUCCAGCCGCAGAGGUGACACCAGAGAUUCAGGAUGCCUCCUCGCCGACCGCACCUGACAACUCGACUGACGUGGCCCCGACGAGGAAAGCCAGGAGGAGACCAGAUGUCAAACCUGAAGCCAAAGUUGAGGAGAUGCCGAAAGUAGAGGAGCAGCCGCCAAAGGCACCGACACCUAGUGAGUCCACUGUGUCUCAGGGUGGUUGGGGAUAUUGGGGCAGCUGGGGGAAAACCAUCUUAUCCACAGCGACAGCUACUGUGGCCACUGUCGGCCAAGGGCUCACUCAGGUGAUCGAGAAGGCAGAGACUUCGCUGGGAAUCCCCAGUCCAACCGACCUCUCAUCGCAAGUUGAGGAAGAGCAGAAAGAGCAAAGUGAGACGGACAAAGCGGCGGGAGAUGGAUCGGCGGCGAUGGGAAGUGCGAUGGGAAUGCUGUCGUCGCUCACCAGCGUCGUCCAGAGCACAGGGAAAACGGUGUUAUCGGGCGGUCUGGAUGCUCUGGAGUUCAUCGGGAAGAAGACGAUGGAUGUGAUAUCAGAAGGUGAUCCCGGCUUUAAGAAGACCAAAAGGCUGAUGAACAGGAACUCCACGCUGUCUCAGGUGUUGAGGGAGGCGAAGGAGCGGGAGGAGCUGCAGACUGCAGAAAAAGAGUUUUCAGAAUCCGAGAAGAAGCUGGUCGCUCACUAUGGGAUGCUGUUUGACGAAUUUCAGGGUCUGUCACACCUCGAGGCGCUGGAGAUUCUGUCUCGAGAGAGCGAGUCUAAGGUGAAGUCAGUGCUGACCACUCUGUCAGGAGAGGAGCUGCUUCAGCUCAGAGAAGAGCUGGAUCUCAUCAAGGACUCUUUCUCUCUGGUGGAGUUUGAUGACGAGGAAGUGGACGAGAAGAAAGAUGAAGACGGCUCAGAGUUUGAGAGGGAGAUAACGGAGGCCUUGGAGGGUCUCAGUGUCACAGCCACAGCUGACAAACUCAGCAAGGCCUGUAAGAGCACCUGCAGCCAGAUCACCGACAUGAGCAGAACAGAGAAGGAAGAGGAAGAAGUAGAGAAAACACUUCCUGUAGAGGAGGUUCAUGCUGCAGCCAUCAGGAGUCUGGCGGAGCUGACGGCUCGAUCCAUCGAGCUUUUCCACAAACUGGCCGAGAUGAUCCUUUUCUCCCACGGCCUCACAAAGCCCAGCGUUCUGUCACAGUUAACCGUCGUCCUGUGUAAAGAAAUCUCUCUGCUUUCCAAGAAGUUCACUUCCUGCUUAACAACAGCAGGGUCAAACGAGAAGGGAGACGUCCUCAACCCGCUGAUAACAGGAGUCUUUUUAGAGGCGUCCAACAGUGCGUCUUACAUCCAGGAUGCUUUCCAGCUGCUGAUGCCCAUAGUGGAGAUCUCCCACAUCGAGAGGAGAGCUGAAACCACUCAGCAGUGACCCGCUGACCCUCUGCUCUCCGUCGCUGCCGUCACAGCAGAGAACUGACGCAUCUUUAAAACUUUUAUAAAACAUGGUCUGCGUCGGCUCUUACUAUGUCUGGGUUUCAGCUCUCAGGACAAACAAAUCUAUUUCACACCUGGGAGGCAAAGUGUGUUUUUGUUAAACAGUGUUUUCUUGCGUUGCUGGUGCACUUGUUGAGCACAGUAGAUGUGCUGAUGGAAGCACAGGGUUGAGAAGUAUUUCUGUUAAACGGGGAGCGACUAGUUCUUCCUUUUAUUCUAACAUGUACACUAUCUGACAGCACUUGUCCUUUUUUUUUUUUUUUUUAAAUCUCUCCUCUGAACGCCGAGAUUCUUCUUCAUCUGGAGCCUCCACUUCAGACACCUAGCUCCCGCCACACUGCUGCGGUCUCUCCCAUACGGCGGCAAUUACUCUCACUGCCAGGGGGGGAGAAGAAGUUCCGACCUUAAGCUUAAACUUUAAAAUCUCAAAUCUGCCUUGGAGAACACUUAAAAAAAGCAACAUGCAGGAUGGAUUUGUCUCAUAAUAAAUAGUAAGAUAUAUUGCUAAUGUAUUUUUCUCUUUACUGCACAGAGAAUAGAUGAUUUUCUAUGCAUGUCUCUCUAAAGCACUGGUCCUGGAGCAGUUGGGGGCUGAGAAGUAUCGGACAAACAGACAGUGUUGGGGCCUAAACGUGUAACCUCCCUUAUAAUGCAAACUGGCUUCUGGCUGAUUCUAGAAGCCUUGAAUUAUUUAAUUGAAUAUCCAACACAACGUAUAUUGUUCUUUUAGAUUUUGACGACCGUGGUAUCAUGGUAUACUCACAUGUUUUGUACCACAAUAUUAGCUUUAAAUAAGUAUUUCCUGUCAUCUGCAAAUACAAGGCAUCCAUACAUCUGUCAGUGAUGCUCUUUGUGCAAAUCACUACUCUCUUUUGCCAACUCUAGAACACCAAAAAUGACACACAACCCCUGAUGUAUCUGAUACAACUCAAAGCUCUGUGUAAUCUCUAUUCUCCACUCUUUAUUGUUAUCUCAUUCAUUAUUCAUGAAACUUCAGGUGUUUAAUAAUCAACAAAGGAGCUUCUAUCUGCCAGGAAGAUUGUGAUAUUGAGCGGCGUGUUGUGGGCAUGUACAGUGUUAUUUUUCGAGCAAUAUACUGUAUUGUGUAUAUCGGAUAUUUGAGAUGCUUUUCAAAUAAAUGUGCUUUCAUAUAGGCCCAAUCUGUGAUUUGUGUGUAAAUGUAAAUUACAGAUUUAGUCGACUAGUUUUAGUUUUGUCUAUUAAAAGACGUGUCAAUCAA